AUACAUUUGCAUCACUACCUUUUUUGCAGUAUAUAAAUCUUGGUUGCAAUUUAAUCACAAAAGUGAGCUUUGGAACAUUUCGGGCCUGGCAUGGAAUGAAGUUUUUAGACAAGUUAAUUCUCGAUCGUAAUCCUCUGACAGCUGUCCACGAUCCAUAUCUUUUUAAAUUGCCAGCAUUAAAGUAUUUAGACAUGGGGAGGACACAAGUGUCACUUACAACAGUUGUGAGCAUCCUCAUGAUGACCCCUCAAUUGGAAAAAUUGAUCUUACCUAGCCAUUUGACCUGCUGCCUCUGCCAAUUUAGAAAUAAUAUUGAGGCUGUUGCCAAGACAGUCAAACUGCAUUGUAACACUGAAUGUCUGAAAAGUACACCUUGUGAUGAAGAACUACUUAUAGAAGGGCCAUUCAUGAAAGUACUGCCGGGCCGGAAGGACACCAACACUGAGCUGACUAUUGAGCCAGAGAGGGCAUCCUCCGACAGAAAUGGAGAGAGUUCACCAUCCCUAAUACGCCCCCCGAAGGCGCUGCUCAGUAAACAGCAAGAAGAAAUUGUUUCCAAGGUAGAGCGGGAUGCGGAUCCAUGGAUAAAGCAGAGGCUGGAAGCCCAGGGUGAACAGGAAGAGGAGGAGCCCAAUGAGCUCACAAAAGAAGUGCCAGGAUAUGGCUAUAACAAGAAUCUCAUCGUGGCAAUAAUUGUGACUAUAGUAACAAUAAUUUUUAUUGUAAUUUUCUGUCUCAUUGUGAUUUAUUGUCGUAGAACACCAUCAGAGGAAAGUAAAGAAGGAAGCUCAAGGGGCUUUUUUCCAUUUUUCCAGCGUAUGAGAUGGUCACCGGAACACAAGAUGGAGGAAGGCGGUUUCUGGAAGAGGCAGCCGCUCUGGCUGAGAGAUAUAUAUAGGCCUCUCAGUGCCACACAGGUAGAGAACAUGGCACAGGAGCUACACGAUAAGGAUUCGGCUACUGAGGAUGAGCUGUUCUACAAAAUGUUGCGUGGAGAGUUCUCAGUGUUGAAGGUUGCUGCUACAGACCCUGCGGCCAAGAGCCCAGCGAAUGAGCACAUGACCCUGCCACCCAGCGAACCCCCUCCUCAGGCUCCCUGAAAAUGUUAUUGACCUAUGUGUACAAUAAAUAUUGUUCUUUUUUUUCCGUU